AGGGUUUCGUUCAACUCGACUGGAUAUCCAUCAUCUGCACUCACCUCACACUGCCUUCGUCAAUACCACAAAGCAGCAUAUCAGAAAACAGGUAUACCAGUCAGUCACCAUGCUCACCAAAAUCCUCCUCGCCCUCGCGGCCCUUGCCCUCACAACUGCCACUCCUCUUCAUCUAGACGACUCCUCCCCCACCUCUCAACAACCUCCAACCUCCACUGCCCUCGGCUUCGCCCUCGUCGCCAACCUCACCGACCCCGACAUGGCCCGCAACCUCUUCCUAGACGACAUCAACCACUGGUCCCUCCGCGGCGUGCACGUCGGCGCCGGCCAAAGCACCGCCGUCCUCGCCAAACCCAACACCACUGCCUCCGGUUCCUCUUCAAACACCAUCGCCGAAAGAUCCAGUUCCAGCCCGCACCAAAUCUACUACCAAAACUCCACCGGCGGCAUCUCCCUCGACGACUCCAACCCCUUCCCGCUCUCCAUCCGUCUAGGCGGCAUCUACGACUCCGACUUCCCCUCCGUUUUGUAUCUGGGCAUCUUCUUCGGGCUAUCCACCCCCUCCAUCUCCAUCUCUUCACCAUCCGGUCACCCGCGUCUUUUCAUCUCCUCUGCCGGUCCUGGCACCCCCGAGGCUGAAGAACCCACUGCUCCCGGCUCGCCGGUAACGGAUAGCGAGGCGCCGGAGCUGUAUCAACAUGGCACGUUUAUCGUGUGUAACGAGACCGAUCCGGUUUACACGCGGCCGCAGUACCCGGUUCGGUUUGUCAAGUCGAAUGGGGAUGGGACGGUUAGUUUGCCGAGUAAUUGUGCAAGGAUUGAGCUGGUGGCCGAGUGUGGGGUGUUGAGGUAUUUGGAUGGGCAAGGGAUGGAAUACGGGCAGGAUAAGCCGGGGGUUGUGGGGUGUUUUGACGGGGGGCUUUGAGUCUCUUUGAUGGAACGAUGGGAGAGGGUUGGUUAGCUGAGGGAGAGGAGAGCCGGGCUGUGUGUGCAUGGGAGUUGUGUGAGGCGUGGAAUCG